CAUGCCUCUCCUGAGCAUCUGUAUCUAACCACUCGUCGCUGUUUCGUCGGUCCCAUACCCGAGGGCUGGCUCAAGACCCAUCGCAAGGAAUGGUAUAAGCACUAUCUGGGCAUCCACCAUUCUUCCAAGGCUCCCUCCUUCUCUGCCUCCUCUGAUGUUGGCCGUCGCCGUCGCCUAACCGGUCUCGAUCAAGCUUCCCCCAACCUCAUGAUGCCCAAGGAGAAGGAAAUCGGGAAGAGGGAGGACAAUGACGCCGCAGACAACGACGACGAUGAUGACGGGAUCGAAGAUGGUGCCGAAUCAGACGGAGAGGCCACUAUUCGAGCGCCGGUCGCUCUAGACAUCCCAAGAGGAGGGCCGACCGACCCUGGACUCUUAAGAGAAGAACAAGAAAACGCAGAGGAGUUGCUGUCUUCGUACACUACCGCCCAUACUGUGGCUUCUCCCUCAACACCAACACCCUUAGCUACGCCCAAGCCUGGAGACGCACAAGCAGACUAUAUGGAAUCGCGUCCGACGGAUACCUUCCGCAGACGUCAAACCUCCGAAACUUCUUUUGUUACGGCUUCUGACGGCGGAUCAAUCAUCGUAGACGAGCCAGGAACCGCUUCUCCAGUACAUAUCGAACCCCCAGGCGACGACGACUCAACACCAAGAAAUAGCCCUCGCAUCGGAGAGGUGCGAAGCAGUGCUUCUUUUGAGACGACAGAUCCAGCCACACCAGGACCUACUACAUCUGAUACUUUCCUUCUCGGCUCUCAACACAGUCAACAACUAGAUCAGGGCGUGAGCGGUAAAGAUGCCGCAGGCACAUUUCAGAACUCCAGAUUACAGCAAGAAACACCACGAAACGCCGAACAGGGAGCUAUCAACAAUACCGAGCCUAGGUCACCAGGGCUCGUCAGGUUCAACAUUCCAGAAAACCCAGUAUUAAAGCAAGAAAUGCAGGUGCGAGCAAAAAUGACCCAAGGUGUUCGAAAGUCGAAGCUAUCAAGAGCAUUCACUCGGGGGAAGCUCAAGGACGGAGAAAUUGUCAAAGUUGAGAAAAUGCUCGUCCGUUUGGACAUGACAACGGGUUCAGAGCAACCACACGAGGACUACGAUGAGAACGAUAGCCAACGAGUUGAGACACGGACUACUGAAAAGUGGAGAGAGUUCAUGGUCGUAUGCCGAGAAAGUCAUGAAGAUGGUGCUGUCUUGUGCCUCCAAAUGUACAAGACCAGAGUGAGUAUGAAAUUCUUGAUUAAGAUCUCAGAAGCUGACUUCAGAACUAGNGUCAUCCCAGCAACUAAUCAAAGCAAGACCAAGAAGCGUUUCAGACAUCAAAUUCUGCUUGAUCCCAAGACUGUCAAGGUCAACCUGUACAGUAGUCUUGACAAGACUCUUGUGCUCUGGCAGCCCAAAGGACCGCAUACCCUCAUUUGUUUCCUUCGACCACAAUCCACACCUAGAGCAGUUGAAUGGUACACUUUCCUCCGAGGUGUACUUGGCUUGUCCCGUCCGCGUACCCUAUUAAUCAACAUACCUGAUCUGAAGGUCGGUCUCAGACUCGAUAAUCCAUUUGAGGAACUCGAAUCGUCGGAAACCUUGCANAAAGCUGCAGACGGCGACGAGGCUGCCAUUAUUAAAACCAUGCAAGCAGAGCGAGCCAUCGCCUCGAAACUCAUCGAUCGUUGUCUAGAGAUGCUCGCUCAGAGCUCUGAAUGGGAUGAUAUACUCAAAACUUGGGGACACAAAUCAAAGAUUGGCUUGGCCUGGAAGCGCUACGAUCGACUGGAAUGGAUUCAUGGAAUUAACGAGCACAAGAUGUAUGGUACUAUGGCAUUGCAGCGGACCCACGAACUAGAGCUACGACCUAAGAGACAUUAUCCGAUGUCUGUCAAGAUGGCGAAUGGAGAAACCAUGCAAGAGCCUGCCCCAGUGGAAGGCUUUUUGAUCCGCUUAACCUCCCANAAAGGAAACGACCAAAAGUUCGGCAAACUGUUCUACAAGCGGUUAUACUUCAGCACGCAGAACAAUUAUCUUCUCUUCCUUCGACCAGCUAAAGCAAAGCCACCGCCACCUCCUAAAAUGCCGAUGAAGGAGAACAGCAACAUUCCUAGUGCGAAGCAGAUUGCCGAGAAGAUUCCUCUAAUCUAUGCAGUGAAUCCGUUCCCGCUGCAUGAUAAUACAAUUGCUUGGUUGGCCGGCAACGCUAAUAAUGCCGACGAGAGGAAGAGACAUGAUAGAGAUGCCUACGAUGAAGCAGAACGAAACGCGCAAUCUUUGUUAGAUUGCGAUGGUUUCAUCAAUCUGUCCGAUGUUGUGGAGGUUCGAAAUGUGGUGAGGGGAGCAACACCAGCUGAUGAAGUCGUCGACGAGGGCCCAAACGUCGACUUUGAUGAAGAGGUCGACGAUACUCAUCACGAUGAUGGCACCACCAAAGAUUUUGACGACGCACGAACUUUCGAGUUACUCAUGCGCAAUGGGCUGGUCGUACGGCUACAAGCAUUCAGCAAGGCUACAAAGAAGGAGUGGAUAAGACGACUUCGAGCUUUGGCUAAAUACUGGACACGACGUGCCUCCCAGGAUCUGGCAUUAUUCAAGUUUGUUCGUCAGCAAAAUUUGGACACAUUGAACAUCGACAUGCAGGCAGAAGCAUACAUCGGCAUGUUUGCGCACAAGUGGGAAGUCACGAAAUCGUUCGCAUCCCCUGAGCUGUACAAUGUCUGCGGCAUAUCGAAUUGCCGUGCCAUCCAUCGCUCUGGUAUCCUGUUCCGCAAACCCAAGGUUCACGGCACCUUCUCACGCUGCCAUGUGAUUCUCUGCCAUGGCCACCUCCUCGUAUUCAAGGACACUUUACGAAGUGCAACGGGCAAGAAAGUGUCUCACAUCCAUCACGAGCGCAUCACGUCUAUCGAUCUUCGCGGUUGCUAUCUCUACUCAGGGCUUAUCACAGCGAACGACCUUCUAUAUCAGAACCGCACGUUCGACAACAACCGACCUGGCAAUUCUGCACUUCCUCGCAUGUACCUCGAGGACGGAUCGGCAAGUGCGGAUGAUGAUGCAAUGACUACUUUUGUGCUGUGGACUGGACAACACAAGGGAUGGUUCAGAGCGCGAGAAGAGGAUGACAACGAAGGACAGCAGAAGAAAGGAGGAACACGCAACAAGCUGAAGAGAGUGUCACAGCUUGGUACUACAGGCCGGGCAAUCGUGUUCAAAGCGAGAAGUCGAACGGAGAGGGAUCACUGGGUGCUGGGCAUCGAGACGGAGAUCGAGAGGUUGUCUAAAGCGGACGAUGUCAGGGUUGUAGGAGAAGGCGUUGAAGGGAAGGGUACUGGG